CUUCGAUUCUUUCUUUGUAUUUUAUUUUCCUCGAACUCACUCUUUCAAACUAAUUUCCUUCCCACAACAACAUAAUCCAAUGCGACCAUGUCGAUUCCUGGCCUAGGAGAGAUACCAGCGGCUGCUGUCGCGACUACAACCUCUUCCGCCGCACCACCGAGCACAAUACAGACUCUCGAACCUUUUUGGGAAUAUCGCUUCGAAGUCCCUCACGGCUCGACCCUAGAGAUUAAAUUAACCUCCGGUACCGCCGAGAAAGAUGGCACCGAGCUCGCUCCCAACACGACCUAUUCGUUUACGUCAAUGAAAUCCAAGAUAAAUACUUGGCAUGGAUGCACCCUCGACAUCGCGUGUACAACUGGUACUUACGAUGCUUAUACUUCAGAGCCAACGGCAGAUGAAACACCGAUGGUCAGCUACUUGAACUUACACUUCAAACUUGAGGCAUUUCGCUCGGUCGCAGAGAAGACAGGGCAAAUGGGGCCACGAGUACUAGUUGUUGGACCACCAAACUCAGGCAAGACAAGCUUGGUAAAGAUGCUAACAGGGUGGGCGACACGUAUGGGCCGCCAACCACUCGUUGUAAACACGGACUGCCACGAGGGCAUGCUUGCUUUGCCGGGUUCGUUAAGUGCCGCUGUAUUUGCAACCAUCAUGGAUAUUACAACCGCUUGGGGUGGUACACCAAGCAGUGGACCAAAUGCUGUGCCGGUCAAGCUACCGCUCGCGUAUUCCUUUGGCUUAGAGCAGCCCGAAAGCAAUAUGCGACUCUUUAAGAGGAUAUUAAGUAGACUAGCCGUAGCGACAACCUCGCGACUCGCCGAGGACCCUGAUGUAAAGAAAUCCGGAUUGUUAAUUGAUACAGGAGGUGUUGGUGUUGCUAAGGGGUCUUAUGAUCACAUAGCCCAUAUAGUCGCUGAGUUCUCUGUUAAUAUCGUUCUUGUGAUUGGUUCGGAACGCAUGAGUAGCGAGAUACAGAAGAGAUUUGCUGGACAAAAGACCACCCUUGACGAGCCAAUAACCGUAGUUGGCCUAGAUAAAUCCGGCGGUGUCGUGGAGAGAGAUUCGUCGUUCCUGCAACACGUCCGCGAGUCAGCGAUUAAGGAAUACUUCUUCGGAAACACGGGUACCACAUUGAGUCCGUUUACACAACAAGUUGACUUCUCGGCCUUGUCGAUCUGGAGAGUUAAUGAAGUAUCCCCAUCUGCGGCCCUCGAAGAUGACAUAUAUAGCGACGCAAUGCUCGAGAAGACCGAGCCGUCUCUUAUGAUGCAGAACUGCAUUUUAUCGGUUGUUUACGCAUCAAUCCACGAUUCGGCAGACACGAUCCACGAUUCGAAUGUUAUGGGCUACGUGUACGUGGCUGACGUUGACGAGAAAAGGCGAAAGCUUAAGAUUCUUGCCCCGGUCAGCGCCCGCUUAGGAGACAGACCUCUUCUUUGGGGAAGCUGGCCGGAGCCGAUAGUCAGCUUGCUGGGUUAAGCCUCGAACUACGACUUACAUGACACGACCUCAUACGCCAGAUAGCGAUACCAUAUUACGCUAUUUGAGAUACCCCGACACAAAUCGCGAGCUACUCAAGCUAUGAAGAAAAUAGAAAAGGAGAAGAUGGAGAUAAUAAGACAGACUCAGCUACGUCGCUACACCGAAAAUUAUAAUAUCAUCUGGCGCUUUUCUACAGCAUUCUUGAGCACUGAGCACGAAACUUAUUUAAUGCUCGGGCAGAACGUUAAGGAAUGAAAGUUAAAGAGGGCAAACUCGAGGCCUACCAAGAUCGCACCAGAAAGUUAGCAUCAACGUGUUACGCUGCUGCCGCAACACAAUGCUCGUCCGCCUGUAAGGCACAUAUCAAACUCUGUUGAGGUCAACCAUGAAUCUCAUACGGCAGAUUACGGCGUGACCUACUUUUCCUCGCGAACACUGGCUCGCAGUAGUGAAUUGUCGAGGAAACGGUUGAUACGGGAUUUAUUGGAUUUACUGUCUAUGCACUACGGGGGUCUUACUGUCGAUGGCAGUUUUCAAGGUACCUAAGGAACCUUGAGGGCGACUCUAAUUUGCCUAAUGGUAUACGAUAAUCCACACGAAUGUUGACUGCCACACAAAAGCACAGCCUCUGCCAUCAACCCUGCCCGUGUCGCUCAGGGAUAACACUUAGCAGAUCCAAUAGAGAUAUAUCAUUAUAAAAAAAAGAAAAUUUUCAAAAAUAGUUAGCUUUGAAUAUGUGUACUCC